GUUAAAAAUAAUUUACUCGUUUUGUUUUGUUUCUUUUUCUCGCUUUAUUACAUUUUUUACGAACGCGAAGAGAAAACUAUUUGUUUACAUAUGGAAUUCAAACGGAAGUUGACAUUUAAAACCGAAGCGAAUCUUGUGGUAUUAAACAUUAUAAUUUGUUUAAUAUACAAAUAAACUUUAUAGUUUAAAAUUUUUUUAAUAUUCAUUAAUAAUUUCUCCAAAGUAAUAUGACUUUUUUAAUACCGUUCGGAAAAAAAAAACUGGACACAAUCCCGCACUUCUUCAAUCAUUAUAUUGUAUCAUGUAUAUAUAUAUUUAUAUAUAUAUAUAAAUUACUGGAGCAAUGUUUACCAACCAUCGGAUAAAUGAAAAUAUGUCAAGUUUUGUAGCUCAAGGAGUCUGUAACAACUAUGUAUCCUGUUUCGUUUUUUUUUUUCUUUUUAUAUAUAUAACAAAAUAUUUUAGGACUAGUAAAUAAAAUGUCUUUGUAUUCAUUGAAAUCGUAACAAAAACAUUAAGGUAAUCUUAUUAAAUAUCUAAUAAUAAUAAUAAUAAGAAGAAGAAGAAGAAGAAGAAGAAACAUGUUGCGAAAGAUAAUUUGCAUUGUAAAGAGACUUAAAUUAUUUAUAUUAGUUACUUUAUUUUUCUUGAUCGCAUUUAAGUUUACUAUAGUUAAUCAUCAACUGACAGACAUUGAGUUGUGUCCUGUUUGCUACGGUGAAGACUUCUGUCGUCCGCUAUUGAAUGGUUCAGUCGUGCUCAACACAUUGUCAUCAUUGACAAUUCUCCAGUUUGCCAAUGUGAAAAACGUCUACUUUGCUCAUUAUAACAAUAAAAGUAUUGUACUUAAGAAACUUGGACAUGAUUUUGAAAUUUAUCAAGCUAGAAAAGAAAUAUGUCGAAUUAUAUCAAAUUCCACAAGUGACAGUUGUAACGUGAAGAAGUCCUUCAAAAAACUGCUUGCUAGCCAUGAGUUUGAUGUGCUGGAAGCUAUUCGUCCGUUGCUUAUGUUGUCUUCUGAUUUAUUUCGCUGCCCAUCACAGAGACUGUACAAAAGCAUUUUAAAACAUUAUGUUGAUAAAUUGACUCUUCCAGACGAUAAAUCUGUUAACAACCUUCUUCAUUUGAUAACUACAAACAUUGUUAAUCCCGAACCACUCAUAAUGCAGAUGUUCCCAUCUUCCAAUGGCUGGGCUUUCCCAAAAUAUUAUGGAUCAUGUGGUUGGUUGGCUGCUAUGAGUGAUGAAGGAAUGCCAUUGUUGCAUUUCGUUAAUAUGCCAUGGUAUCAUAGAGCCAACCUAACAUUACAAAUUUUAAUGAUGGCAGUGAAAUUAUCCAACAGCUCUGAUGGUUGGUCCCUUUAUUGGACUGAUAUAAAAAUGGACAACUUAGCUGUAAACUCAAAUGGUCAGGUGAAAAUUGUGGAUGUUGAGAAUAUCAUUGUGGUUGACAGACUAGAGCUAGCAAAAUUAAAACCCCCUGGAUGGAACCAACUAGCAGAGAGUGUCUAUGAUGAAUGUGAUUCAGAUUGCAUUAGUUUCUCUGACAAACAGUUAUGUUUGCAUUUAGAUGCAGACCAUAAUUAUUAUGGUGUUUGUCGCAGCCUGCUAUCUAAGUAUGCAUACUCUGGUGCUACUACAUAUGGUCUCUUACAUCACAUACCUUGGAACAUUGAGCAAAAGUGGUUUUUAGGUGAUCUUAUCAAAGAAUGUAUGCAACCAUCAAUAAAAGGUCAACGGCAGAUAGUAACUGACCAACUUAUCAGGUCUCUUCAAAAAAUUAUUUCUAGAGCAUGAUUUACUAGUGAAAAGAAAAUAAUAAAAUAUUUUUGCAUCUUUA